AUGAAGAUAAGUCGUGUGAAAGAUGGUUAUCGUGUCAUUGGUUUUGAUGAGAUGCAUAAUCAUAUAGUCAUAACCCUUUCCAAGUCGCAUAUGUUGAGGUCACAAAGAAAAAUCAAUGAAGCACAAGGUAAUCAAGCUAUAAUGGCAGAUGAUGCAGGAAUUGCUCCAAGAGCAGUAAUGGAGUUGAUGGCCAACGAGGCUGGUGGGUGUGAAAAUAUUGGGUUUACUUCAGUGGGUUUGAUGAAUUACUUGCGUACAUAUCGGACUAGAAAUAUGGAGAAGGGGGAGGCAGGUGGUGUUUUGAAAUAUUUUGAAGAUAGGCAAUCACAAGAUCCAUCGUUUGUUUAUGCAAUAUAA